UGAUCAAAUAAAUGCAGCCUUGGUGAGCACCAAGAUAUAUCUCUCAAAAACACACACACUGGGAACUGGGACCAUUUAAGGGUUAAAAUGUAUUAAUAUAGCCAUACUACAUUCAUGCAACAACAUUCAUAACAAGAACAUUUUUGCUAUUUUUUAAGUUUUCAAGGUCUCUAAAACGUUUUCUUGCAAUUUGAUCAUUUCAUCCUUUCCCCAGCUAAUAAUUAAAUGUGUUAAACUCAUUGCAGUUAAAACAAACCUGUUUAUUCUCACUGGUGAAUCCAUAUUUAAUCUAGUCUGGCUCAUUUUUCUACAUAGUGUUAUACUUAGUCAUGUUUAUGGAUUUAAAGGAUGAGAGCAUGUCAUGCAACCUUUCCGUGUUGGCAUCUGCCUAUUUCAUCUAGCUUCUACCAGGCGAAAGUUGAUGUUUAACCAAAACAGAGGCAUGGCCUUUGUCAUCAACAUCAGAAGAUAUGAGAAGCACGUUCUUGUCCCUUUAAACAUUUCGAUGAGCCUAUUUAUUUUGCAUCUACAUAUUAUUAUAUUGUUUAUAUGCAACACAUUUAGCAUUGCUUUUUCCCUGCUGUUUCACCCUGUUGUGGCACUAGAAUUAAAUCAUUACAUCCAGAAUGAAAUGGAAAUUAGAUGUGGCCAUGAUAUGCGAUGAACAUGCAGAAUAUCUACCUAUAGAUGAGCUAUUAGCAGGGCUUUCAGGAACGCUCACACACAAGCAGACAGAUUAACACACCUAUCAACUGAGGACAGAUGCUUCCCUCAGCUCUGUAAAUUAAGAAGCUCUCUGGAGGGAUUUGGAGCGAUGGGCUGUGGAGAAUGCCUUGAACUAUUUCUAUACACACACAUUCGCAUCUGCCCUUAUAUGGAGACUGAGACACAAUCUGGAGACACAUCAGCUGGACACAAUAUUUCUGUAAUCAAGAACAAGAAAUAAGCUUCAGCAUUAUUAUAUUGCUUACUUUUAAUCAGUUUCAGUGAGAAGGAUCUGUCAGUCAGAAUCAUGCUAGGGAUUUUCUUCUUGGUUAUUGCCAAUGAGGGUCUCCCAGAAUAAACUUCAUUUGUUCCCACAAAUCCUCCGCACUAAAUAAAACUUGCGCAGCGAUCUUUGCAUGGUUGUGGUGGGUUGAUCCUAGGAGAAUCCCCCAAACCAAACUUUUGCUGCGGCCCCACAGCUCUGCAAACACUCCCGCUAUUACGUGUUAAAGCAGGUGUGAGGGAUUUUCAAACAUUUGCAGAAGGAUGACAAAACUCGUAUUAAACAUAUUUAGAAAAUGACUGGGUGCCUGAUUACAGCAUCUUCCAAAAACUGCUAUCUUUGUUUGUUACGUCAAAAGAUGUUUUGUUUUUUCUCUUCAUGAUUCUAGGAUGGCCUCAGAUGACACAUCUGCCUGUCUAAAAGCAGGGAUGGAGGACCCUGUAUAUCCUAAUCAUGUGCCACCCAUAAAACAUGUUGUCCCAGGCCUCGUGAAUUUAAGCAGCAGUAUGGAAUGUGUGUUAUGCUGUAGGAAUUGGCUUUGGCUCAGAGUUAAUCCAAAUUAUUAAUCCAUUGAUACUCAGUCUGGACAGUGCUGUCGUCGUCCUGUCUUGGAUUGGUGAGAAGUGGCAGCAGACAAAUUUCUCCAUCGAGUUUAUUCUGAUCUUCCAAAUAUGUUUGAAAAUGCAGCUUAUAUAAUGUGAAAAAAAUGUGAUGGUGUCCGCAAAAAUGAUACAGCAAUAUAAUAUUAAUAAUAAGAAAAAUAAUAUUAAGAAAUGCUUCUUGAGCACUAAAGCAGCAUAUUAACAGUUUCUGAUGGAUCAUGUGACACUGAAGACUGGAGACAUCAAUUACAUUUUAAAAUAUGUUAAAACAUAAAUCCUUAACAAAAUUACUUUACUGCAUUUUUAUCAAAACAGCCCUGGUGAGCAUAUGACACUUAAUGUAAAACAUUAAAAAAAAAUUGAAUAUAUAAUAUGUUGAAGUCAAAAUGAAAAAGCAUUUGCAACUUAUUUUACUGUCAUAAUGCAACAUGUUUAUAAAAAAAAAAGUAUGAGGUAGGAUCUUAAUUUUAUCCGUCAGGAAUUGAUUGGGUUAUGAAAAGUAGAUGUUACAUAAAAAAACGUGAAUUUUGGAAGACUACCCUUAAAGUACUUUUAAAAUGUAUGAUUAAUGGUUAAUAUUAUUUUUCUAUAGGUGACAUCAGCUAAGAAAGGAAAGACACUUUUUUAAAGCAAAUAGGGUCAAUUCUUAUUGACUUAUAAAUGAAGUCAAUAAAUUAUCACACUCAGAUCGCUACAUGCAUCUAUAUGCAUAAAUCUUACCUGUAACUGACAUCAAAUGACCUUUAAUGGGGUCCCAAAUACUAAGCGAAUAAUACAUCAUAACUUUAACUGUAACAUUCAUGCUGUGCUCUUUUGAACUGACGUGUGAUAUUUAAAGCCUGGCAAGGAGACAACUUGGACAAAGACAGUGGAAAAACAUUUCUGCUAUUUAUAAGGUCUGAUUAAAGGGUCAGAGCUUCUCAUGAGAUAGAUACAUAAACAAGCACAUCUAGUUCAUUGUCGUAUCGCAGGGUCAAUCGCAGGGGGUUUGUGGAUUUGAAAGCAGCUUAGUCACAACAGGACCUGUAGCUUAAUUAGACACAUCUCGAAAAGUCCUCUCAAGUGAGCAGGCAUCAUGGUCCUCUUGCCGCAUGAAUGUUUUGCAUGCCGCAUGCAUGCAUUAACUCACAAAAGGCAAAUGAUCAACACCGCUAUCUCUAGUUCAAUCAAAAUGAAGGGAGUCCGGGUCCUCAGUAAAUGUCAGCUUGUUUUUAUAGGUUAUAUAAGCAAAUCUCUUGUGCAAACAUGCAGCAUUUUGGAAUCGUUAAUGCUCUGUAACAUGGAACUUGCAUGAAAAUUCUUAAAGGGAUAGUUCACCCAAAAAUGAAAAUUCUAUCAUUAGCUACUUAAUGUGGAUGUGGUGCAAAAUGAAUACCACAUCCUUAACAAGGUGUAAAAACUGGAUUAGAAAGACAGUAUUUCAAAAGUAUCGCUGUUCUGGAAGAGAAUAAGCAUUUGUUGUGUUUAAUACAGCAAGUUUUCACAAGAAAUAUACUAACAGGGACAGAUCACUACCACUAUACUUUAAAAAAAAUACUAUAAAUACGAAUAAAUAUGUCUUAUCAUGCAUAAAAUGAUUAUGUAAGGUAUAUACAUAAUUCAUCUCUGACUUUAGUUAGAGCAAAGGUUUUGUGAAGCAUCACCACCUAAAGGUGAAGUCAGGUAAAACGUUCAUAACCUGAAUAAAUAACAUGAUGUUGAUAACCACUGCAAAUCAUUUCAGCAGUUCAGCUGUUCGUCAAAUUUCAAUCUUGUCAGAUUGUAACUGAUUUUUCUUUGGUUUUACAAACUCAGGAAUAAGUUGAAAUAAUUUUUUGGGCAUUAUGUGACAGAUGAUGUCGAUAGGGAAAGGAAACCAAUAGGCCUUAGUCAGGGUAGAGACAUAUUUCAUUUUUGACAGGAAUGAAAAUGACGCUGUGAGGGAUAGAAGUAUAGUAUGUUCUUUGGAUUGUACUGUUUAACAACAUUCCGAGUGUUCAUCUGAUGAAAUGUCUUUCUGAAACAAGCUUUCAUUCGACAAAAACUCCAUAAAACAAUUUUGAAAGAUGUGAGUUGGUGAAAAUAACAUGAGCCAGGACUUUCAUUCUGUGUGUGCCAUUUUAAAGACUUUAAGUUUUUCCCUCAGCCUCAUUUUCAUCCGUGUUAAAUUCAAAAUGGCAUCUAACCUGACUAAGGUCUAUUGUUUUCAGCUGAAUGAACCUCUUUCUGUUUACCACUUUCUAUUCUCAAGCUAUACCUCACUGGAUGGUUAUGUAAAUUAUCUAAGAUAUGGUGAAUCUGGCACUAAAUACCUUUACAUACUAUAAUAAGUAAGGCAUUGACUUUGCUAUUGAUAAAAUUCACACUUUUCUUUCAUUGGAACUACUAGCAAUUACAUUUUAACCAUUAAAUAAACACUGCCUUGAAUCUACGACAACUGUAAAGAUAAGAACUUCUACACUUUACAAUCAAGUGGCCAUAGUUCAGUCUGCAUAAUCUAUUUGUGUGGAUAUAUAUGACACAUACUUCGAGAAACUUCUUACGAAACGCCUGUUUCCGUCUGGUUUCUGGUCAGACACACCUGAGCCACACAGACUAUGAGGGACUGUUAAAGGGCCAGUGUCCCGUCAUGGUUUCGUGUUACUGAUCGAUAGUUAAGUCUUUGGGGAAAUCCGCUACUGUCAUGUACACACUGUAUUUCUGUGCAAGGUGUGUUUGAAUCCAGGAGUUCGGUGCAUGUGAAAUGGGAGAGAUUUGGUGGAAAAGGAAGAAAAUUACGGGUUUACAGUUUCUGUUAGAGAUACUAUUUCUGCUUAUUUCUCUCAAAGCUUCAUCAUGUGACAAAUGGCUUCUUGAUGCCUCAGUGCACCCCAUGACAGCCAAAAGUGGCUUCAAACAGUGUACAGAUGCCAUUUGCCAAAAUGUUGCAUGUCAGCUCGCAGCACCUUAUGCAUCCUGGAUCGGAUCUCAUAACAUAACUUUGACCUGGGAGUCUCUGAAUCAGUCUGAUGUGGUGUAUAUUCUUCAGUGGACCGGGCCAUAUCUGUCUGGGAUUUGGGCACAAGCAGAGAAUGUGACGGGAUCAACAUACACCGUCAAACAGUUGGAACCUUUUACCUGCUAUAAAUUCAGGGUCUGGGCCCUGAUAGCAGAAACACACGCUUGUUCUCCAGCGAGCCCUUGGUACCAAACAAAACCCUUUGGACUGCCCUCCAGCCCAUCCAUUGAGAGUAUUGAGAGCGCGUCUGGAGAAAGUGUGGAGGUUCGCUGGUCUCCACCUGAAAAAUCAGGAGGACCCAUCUUGGGUUUCAACCUCAAUCUCACAUCCAACAAACACGUCAUUAGUGAAACAACUAGAGGAAAUACAUUCUUCUACACAUUCUACCCGACAUUCCGUAACACUGUAUAUAGGAUCUCUGUAGCUGCUGUAAAUGAAGAAGGCCAGGGUUCAGUCGCUGAAGCCAACAUAACAACACCAACACAAGAGCAGAAUGGAAGCCGGUGGGUCUUUGCAUCCAGAUGGAACUCAUUAAGGAUGAGAGAAGAGGAUGCCGAUUUCUUCACUACAGCACAGUGUCUCUCAGACAGUCUAAUUGAGAGCAACAUCACAGGGGUGGCAGUGCACUAUAGUUCCAACCGCAUUUAUAUCUCUGAAGGGACUCGUAUCUGGGUGAAAGGGGCUGGAAAUCUCACAGACCACUCAGAUCUCAAGCUUCUGCACUCUGCCCCGCGGGAGGUCACAGCACUGACUGUAGACUGGCUUUAUGAGAGGAUUUACUAUGUGUCCAGUGGUAGGGUCUACUAUUGUGGAUUAGAUGACUGUUCUUUUCCAGUGGCUAUAAAUCUCAACCUUUCCAGUGACGCUGUAAAUAUAAUUGCAGAUCCGUAUAAUGGAUGGCUUUUCUUAUUGCUGAGCAGCGGAAUAUAUCGUAGCCCUCUUCUAGACGUCUCUGGCCAACAACAUGAGAUAAUUCACAUCGUAAAAACACCUUCUGUCUCCAACUUUGUGGUCAGUUUCCCCAACAAGAGACUGGUUUAUCACGACAGAAGUGAUCAAAUGCUCAAAGCCACAUCUGUGGAUGGAUUAUUUCCCAUUACACUCUACACAAACAUUAACUUUGAAGCAAACAGCAUUGUUUAUGAGGAUGAUUUCUUCAUGCUCACCAAUGGUUAUGCACUGUAUAAACAAGUUGGCCAGAGCCAAGUGGCCAUCUUUAAUGAAUUCGCUAUGGACUGUGAUGUCAUCAAUAGUCAAAAUGACGGCUUUGGUAAUCUAUGCUACUUUAGCGCAUCUGCGCAACCUUAUCCUGUGCCAAGAAGGCCAAGACAACUUAAAGUCCUGUUUGGAUCAGAUAAAGCCAACGUGUAUUGGGAGAAACCUGAAAAUAUGAUUGGAGCAAGUCCAUUUUCCUGGCAAAAUUGGACUUAUGCUAUAAACUGCUCGAUGAAUGGGUUGGUGGUAAUGAAUUUUAGUGGACUAACUAGCACACUUGCAACAGUCCCGGGUCUGCAGAGUUCCCAGCAGUACAGCGUCACUCUCAGGGCUUGUUCUCCUGGUGGAUGCUCCCAAUCAGUCUCAUAUGAAGGAACGACUCUCCAGUCUGCUGAUGAGCCCCCAUAUAUUGCUGCUGCCAGUGUGGAUGACAUAUGGAAGCAAGAUUUGGAUAGCACUCAAUUUGUGGAACAAAUAAUGUCUUAUAAUGGAGAUGUGAAAGAUAUGGACUGGUAUAGUUCCACAAUCUACUGGACUAACAGUUCGGGCCACAUUAACUGGCUUGAUCUGGGGAAUCAGUCUUUGAGUGUGAUGACAAUGCCAUCACCCAUGAAUGCUGAAGCGCUGGCCUUUGACUGGCUGGGACAGUAUCUAUACUGGAGCUGCAACACAAAUCAAAUAUGCAGAGGGUCUGUAUCUGGUCAUGGGGUUGAGAUAUUUCUCCAAGCAGAGCAAAAGAUUCUCGGUUUAGGGAUUGAUUCAUUGAAUGCUGCCAUCUACUGGAGCACUGAAACAUCAGUAGAAGGCUGUAGAAUGGAUGGAAAAGACUACCAACUCCUGGAUAAACUGAGUGUGUUCUCUGGGAAAGAGGUUUCUGGUAUUGCUUUGGAUGUGACUGAAGGAAAUCUGUAUUGGUUGGUGCAGGACGGCUCCCUUAUAAAUCUUUACAGCGUGAAGGUCAGUGGUGACAGAACGCAGAAGUCUAAAGCGGUAGAAUUUGCACAAUGGACCACAUCUCAAAUCACCGAUCAUCAAGUGGGCUACUACAGCGGACGAUUCAUUUGGUUGGAUGAGAACAAACAGCUCAGGAUUCAGGAGUUAAAGCAAAACACCAGUGUCCUUAUGUCUGCCAGCAAAACACUGACGGCUUUUUCUGUAGUACAGCAAAUGCUGAAACCUCUUCCAGAUGGAUUUGUAUCUCCUCCUAUGGUUAUUCCAUCUGCGGUUUCCAAAGUUGUUCUUGAAGGGAAUGACACAUUUUUCCAGAUACACUGGAAACCCAGCAGUAUUGACUAUGGGACAGUGUUUUAUUGUGUCGUGUCUAAGGAAUUGUGGAAAAAUGUGGAACAGCUUCAAAAUAACCCCACCAGAUAUUGUCAUCCUGAUAAUACGAUUUCCGAAACAGUCAUAAAUGUCACACGAUUCAAGCCAGGAACCGAAGUAAACAUCACCAUUACCCCUUUUUCGUAUUGGGGUAAAGGCGAAUCAACACAAACAACUUUGAUCACUCCUGCAGGAACUUCGUUAGACACUGACAUGACGUUGAUUAUUGUGAUUGUAUCGGUUGCUGCCUGUAUUACACUGAUUAUUCUCAUCCUUGCUGCAGUCUUUUGGCACAGACGCCAUGAGAAAAAGGAUCCUGGGACAGUUACACAAACAGAUGUGCAUGUCCAUUCAGAUGUGGAAUUGGAACAUAUUCGAGGUUUAUUUGGUCUUGGUAAUGCCUGCUAUGCUAUCAGUAACGUACCCGCCCAAGGAGAGAUUGAGUCACUUCCUGUGUUUCCAAGAGACUGUCUGAAGCUUCAGAGGUUGUUGGGUAGUGGUGCUUUUGGAGAAGUUUAUGAAGGAGUUACAGUUGGCAGCCAAAUUAGUGAAGUUGUUCCUGAGAGGAGAGUGGCUGUCAAGACACUGCGAAAAGAUGCCAGUGACUAUGAGAAAACCGAAUUCUUAAAAGAAGCUUAUUUGAUGAGCCAGUUUAAUCAUCCUAACAUCCUGCGUUUGCUUGGAGUUUGUCUGCUAAAUGAGCCACAUUACCUCAUCCUGGAGCUGAUGGACGGAGGAGACCUUCGUUCUUACCUGAGAGGAGCUCGUCCUACAACUAAUUAUAAAGAGCUACUGAACCUCAUCAGCCUCCUGGACAUCAGUUUGAAUGCUGCUGCAGGAUGUGCUUAUUUAGAAAGAAUGCACUUUGUUCAUAGGGAUAUUGCUGCAAGGAACUGUCUGGUGUCAGUAAGAAGCUACACAGACCCAGAAAGGGUCGUUAAAAUAGGAGAUUUCGGAUUGGCCCGUGACGUGUAUAAGAACGACUACUACAGGAAGAAGGGUGAAGGACUUUUUCCUGUUCGCUGGAUGUCACCAGAAAGUUUAACAGAUGGGAUUUUCAAUAAAUAUUCUGAUGUCUGGGCAUUUGGUGUGCUGUUAUGGGAGAUUAUGACAUUAGGAAAGCUACCAUAUCCCACUUACACCAACCAUGAAGUCUUAAGCUAUAUCAGUACAGGGGCACGACUGCCUUCACCAGCCGGAUGUCCACAGAGAUUGUAUAAUCUGAUGAUGAGCUGCUGGAGCAAAGAACCAACUGAAAGGCCAAACUUCCAGUACCUUGAAGAAACCCUGAGUAAAUUGAGAGAUUAUGAGGCAGAUAAAAGAGCAAAGCAGAAUGGAGCAGCAGGUCAUGUGAACCAAGCCUACCAAGAAGAUGAGGUCUGCACUGGUGUGGAUGGAGAUGAAGAUCUGGAAACUGGACUGUCUCGUGUGCUCAGCAAUGAGGGACUGAAUUACUUGAUGUAUCGCUCUGAGAGCCCAGACAGUGUCGGAACAGACACAUCAACACCCAUCGAAGAUAAAUAAGACUAUAAUUGCCAGUGUUGGGUUGAUAUUAUGGCGCCCCAAGUUUGCACAAAGACCCGUGAGCUGGCCCUCACUUUGUAAUCUUGUUCCUUGUAAAUAUUGUAUAACAACAACAACAGUAGUUGUAUUUUUUUGUAUAAUGUAGAAUGAUCAAUAAAAAGCUAUAUCUGUAUUUCCUAAAAAAAAAAAAAAAAUGCCAAUAGUUGUAACUGUUUAAUUGGUUAAAUUAUGCAAACAGCCAAAUGAAUGAAUGAAUGUAUUUUUGAUGUAUAAUGUGUAACUGAAUGAUUAAUAUUGGUAUCAGUGUUAUAUAGAACAAAUAAAUUUGUAUUAUCUGAUUAAUUUA